AUGAGUCUCAAUUUGGACAACCUCACCAGCAUUUCGCUGGCUUCACCACAUGCCCUAGCCUGGUCAAUCUUUUCCGAUGGUUUCGGCUUCGUGUCCAGCCUCUUUAUCUGGUUAUGUGUAGCCACGCUCUUCGCUGGGUUCGUUGUGGCCAAGACUCAGCAGCAAAAGUCUUUCAAAGAGCUAUGUGAUGCCACAGGAAACAUGAUUCCUGAUGGGCCCACGCCUAUGCCAAUACUUGGAUCCUUCCCGUUUCUGACACAGUACCCUGAACUUACCCUCGACAAAUGGGCAAAGAAAUUCGGAAGUCUGUAUUCCGUAUGGCUCGGCAACCAGUUGUUCGUCAUCGUUUCCAGCCCGCAGGUUGCUAAAGACCUCAUGGUGACACACGGUGCGGUGUUCUCCUCCCGGAAGGAGAUGUUCAUCAAGAGCCAGACCGUCUUUGCAGGGCGUGGUAUCACAGCCACGCCAUACAACGACCGCUGGCGAAAACACCGGCGCAUUGCCUCCGGCUGGCUGAGCCAAAAGGCUGUCGAUCAGUAUACUUCUGUUCUCGACCGUGAGGCCACCGAUAUGAUGGUCGCUCUUUACGAGGCAAGCGGUGGAGGGAAGAACCUGGUCAAUCCGCAGCCAUAUGCGGGACGAUGCUCCUUGAAUAACAUGUUGACCAUCGUCUUUGGGACGAGAACAGGCUCUGUCAACCACCCCAUGGUGAGCGCCGCUCUCAGGCUCAGCCGGGAAUUCAUAUUACACAAGGAUCUGGUGGAUACUUACGGUGGUUUGAUCAACGAUAUCGACAGGCGUAUGCAGCGCGGCGAAGACGUCCCUGCAUCCCUGGCGAAGACCAUGCUCCAGGUCCGCGAGACAGAGCAGCUCGACCAUCUCGACAUGGCAAUCACUGCGUCAGCCUUCAUGAUCGGCGGUGUUGAGACGACGGCUUCCAUCAUGCAGUGGUUCUCUGCCCUCAUCCCAGCUUACCCCGAGAUCCAAAGAAGGGCCCAGGAAGAGCUUGAUCGAGUUGUGGGCCGUGAUCGGCUCCCAACUGUGGAAGACGAGGCAGGUCUGCCAUAUAUCCAUGCUAUCGUCAAGGAAGUCGAGCGCUGCCACAACCCCUUCUGGCUCGGCACCCCUCAUGUUGCCUCGGAGAACUUUACCUAUAAUGGGAACUUCAUCCCCAAAGACACAGUCAUGGUGUUGAAUACUUGGACAAUGCAUCAUGACGAGAAUAGACAUCACAAUCCGAUGGACUUCAACCCGGAUCGAUACCUCGGCGACCCCCUCACGUCCGCCCAGUCCUCCAGCCUCACCGACCCAUACCAGCGUGACCACUGGAUGUUUGGGGCUGGAAGGAGGAUAUGCCCGGGCAUGAUAGUCGCGGAGCGCGAGAUCUGGCUGGCCAUCUCCCGGCUCAUAUGGGCCUUCACGCUGGAGCAGGUCCCAGGCCACCCAAUCGAUCUCCGGGAAUACGAUGGACUGAGCGGCAGGUCGCCUGUGCCGUUCCACAUCAGGCUCAUCCCGCGACACGAAAAUGUCAAGAGAGUGCUGGAUGCUGCUCCGGUGAAGAGUAGCUGCGUCCGUGUGAGGUAG